UUUUCAUCUCCAUUCACCUCGAACUUGGGAGAGGUAGAACUGCACGGCGCCAUAAUGGGCUUUUUAAAGAAGACGGAGACCGGAGGCUUUUUCUGGGAGCCAAACAGAAAACAGCCCGAGAAAAUAGGAUAUCAGCGCAAGACACAAUGUGAAAAGCAGAAAGGGAAGUGAGAGAGGUAAAGAAAAAGCCAAGGGAAAACAGGAUGAGAGAAAGAGAGAGAAGUUGUGCAUUCAGCUAAGCUGCAGAACGCUGGCUCCCUCCCCAACCCCUUUCCCACCCUGCUUUUCUCCACCCCCUGGAAAAGUGUUCUGUCUCUCUCUCUCGCUCUCUCUACCUCUUUUCUCUCUCCUCUCUGCAGCUGUGGUCUGCUGAGCGUCACCUCCACACAGCAAGUGCCUUUACUUGGGCAGAACAGGGAGAAGGAGCGUAGCUGUGAGAGAGACGGACGGAGAGAAAGGGGGGAAAAAAAAUCUCAGGAGUGUGUCUUAACGCACCAGAGGAGCAUCCCUCUGACUCCGGAGAGGGCUGAGGAGCGCACAGAGACUGACGGGCAGAGACAAGCAGCGGCGUUGGAGUAUAACAGUGCUGGUGGUGUUGGCAGAGCACGCUGAGUGGACACAGGGGAAUCCACCGGCGCUGUUGAUCCUGGUGUCCCUGGCAAGAAAGAAACAACAACAAAAAAAACUGCUUGAGCAGGAGACAGAAAGCGGUGCAGCAGCCAGGAUCUCGCCAGGGGGGCAGCAUUUUACAGCGACAACGAAGCGUGGAGACAGCUGAAACCUGCGCGCAGACACACUCUCUCUCCCUCACACGCGCGCAUGCACACACACACACGCAAACAGCGAGUGUGAGCGGAAAGGGACGCUCACGGUGCUUUCAAAAGAGCCACAAAAAUCCUUCUUCUUGUGAAACGCACAUACUUGCACAGGAAAACAACACAAAACAUUUCAUCUUCUUCAGCCAGGGAUGGUGGAUGAUGAAGGAGAAAACUUCUGGAGAGGAAAUUGUCUUUGAAGCAGGACUUACUGCUGAGGUUUUGUUUUUUUAAUCAACUUUUGUCACCACCACCCUGUUUUUUUCUUUUUGGAGUUGGGGCAUUUUAAAGCCUCCGUCUAAGCACAACAACUAAACAACCUCUAUUCUUAGAGGCAGAAAUUGAGAGCUGUCUUUGUGGCCAUCAAGAUGUCUAUUCCUGAUUCGGUCUGAUCGGUAAGUGGAUUAUGACGGCAAGAUUUGGGGAUUUUUCUUUCACCUGAAGAAAGAAAGAAGGAAAGAGCGACAGAAACCUAUCCAUGAUUGGUGGAUUUAUGGCUGUCAGAGAAGGAGAGGAUCCCUUGCCUUUUCUCCUCUCUUCUCCUGUGGAUUACAGAUGGGCUUUGUGAUCUCCCAGUGCAGUCUCAUGGAUGAUCGCUCGCUGCCAGUCAUUAGGAUAAAGUACAAAGAGGGACACAAGUGAGUAUUCAGCUGGAUUUUUAUCUCUCCAGCUUAAGCUUGCAUGAAAACAAGGGUGUCGAGAGUGAAUCUGUAACGAGAGCACAUCGCAGCAGCUUUUAAUAAGAGAAACUGUAACUCGCUGAUUAAACUGUUGUGUUCCCUGAAUAAUUAUCAGAGCGUAAAAAGGUGGCUUGGGCACAGGCGGAGAUUGAUUGAAGUGAUCUGUGUGAAUCCUAUUAAUGCAUCCUGGAUUGUGGCCAAGAAAGAAGCAAUGGAGGGGAACACCGCUGUCUAGCAGCGCUAUCUGAUCUGCCUCUCACUGGACAACUGAGGACCCUCUGCACUCCCUCUUCAACGACACUCCUCCUCCUCUUCUUCUCAGACAGGCAAGGAUGGUACCCCCGCCUCCCACCAACAAACCCCACGUGUGCUUGUCCACCAUUCUGAUCAUGAGCAGCAUGGCGCUGAUUGAUGCCUACCUGGUGGAGCAGAAUCACGGCCCCCGCAAGAUCGGCAUCUGCAUCAUGGUGAUGGUGGGAGACAUCUGCUUCUUAAUUGUCUUGCGUUACGUGGCAGUGUGGGUGGGCGCCGAGGUGCGCACAGCGAAGCGAGGCUACGCCAUGAUUCUCUGGUUCCUUUACAUCUUCGUGCUGGAGAUCAAGGUCUACUUUGUGUAUCAAAACUACAAAGCAGACAGGAAGAGCUUGGACGCUCUCGCGAGGAAAGCCUUGACCUUGCUGCUGUCUAUUUGCAUCCCAGUGCUGUUUGUGGUGCUGGUGGCUAUCGACCACAUGGAGUAUGUUCGAGCCUUCAAGAAACGUGAGGAGAUCCGUAACCGCCUCUUCUGGGUGGUGGUGGACUUGCUGGACAUACUGGACAUCCAAGCCAACCUGUGGGAGCCACAAAAGAAAGGGCUUCCUCUGUGGGCCGAGGGCCUGAUGUUCUUCUACUGCUACAUCCUCCUGCUCGUGCUGCCCUGCGUGUCCUUGAGCGAGAUCAGCAUGCAGGGCAUCAACAUUGUCCCCCACAAGAUGCUCCUGUACCCCAUCCUCAGCCUUGUGACCAUUAACUUCAUCACUCUGUUCAUCCGUGGGGGGAACAUGCUUUUGUACAGGGACGCCAGGGUAUCUGGGAUCUUAAUAGGAAAGAACAUCUUGGCCAUCAUCCUAAAGACCUGCAGCUUUGUGCAGUACAGGAGACAGUUGCAGAACGCUCCUCCCGCCUUCGGGGUCGAGCUGCAGAAAAACUCAGUGGCCCACGCUCGCCCUGCCCCCACCCCUCCUCAAGUGGUAAUGCAGGACCAGACACCCCUCCCCGAGGUGACUACUUGUGAACACACAUGACAAAACAGCGGGGCGAACCCUGGAAAUGUCAAUACAAGUGUAUAUGACCCUCAGGACGCUGGCGGGGCACAGUGUUCCACACCUUUUAGGGCAUGCGAACACUCAUGUGAACACACGGGAGAUCAACAUCUCCUCUGAUGCUUCAUGGCACAGAGAACACUGCAGACACUUAGUGAGGAUAGAGCGUCGGAUCCAAAGCUGUCAUUGGUGCAAAAUACAGUAUUAUUUGUGACUUUGUUAAAGCGUUUCCUCCAGUAAAUCCAGUUACCUGUGUAUUUUUUCUAAUUGUACAACUGAAAGAAAAAAGAAAAACAACCUAUUGCAACUAUUGCAAGAUUAGAGGAAUAUAUUUUUGAAUUGUGUGUGUUGCAUUCUAAUCUUAAAUUUAAGGAUCUGUGUGCUGUGGUGUGCAUUUUCUGUUGCUCGAAUGUUCCUUGUAGUCGAGGGCUUCAACGUGUCCAAUUUAGAGGGAGCAACCAAUGAGAGAAUCAAACAGUUAAAAGCUUUCUCUGGAAAGAAGUGUUUUUAUAUGUGAUUCUUUGAUAAAGUAUUGUGUACAAGAUAAAGGCUCUCCUGCGCUCUCUCUGGCUGUAAAAGGGGUUUUUCAUAAAGGCAUUUGAAAGUUACUGGACCAGUCGACUAUAUUUCACCUUUUAAUUAAAAUUCAGCAAAUGUUCUUUAAUUAACCUGGGAUACAAAGAAAGACAGACAAUGAUUUUUCCCCCCUUUUCUCACUCUGGUUCAAUCUACAAUUAGAGGCUGCUUAAUUGGCAAAGUGGUGCCUUUGCAGUGUCAUUCAUCUUGAGAGUGAUCAUACAUUCCAGGGUGGCAAUUUUGGGGGACAUUUGAAAUGAAUUAUCUGCACAGUUAUGAACCGCUUUAUCACAGCAAAAGGCUCACUGAGAUGCAGUUAGCCACAGGAUAAAGUACACAGCCGAGGGCCGGCACUGCAGAUGGAUAAAUGAUUCCCAAAUAAGGAAGCCCGUUUAAUAUCCUCCUCAGGCAAACAGUAACUAUCUGUGCUUGCGCUUCGUGGCGGCAGCAGUUCUGAGCACUGUCUUUUUCUUCCUCACACAAAAGACAAAAUGGAUACCUCGGUCCAGUGAUGUGAAUCCACACAACAAGCCAAGAAAACAUCAUGUCUUCUAAUAUGACAAAUCUCUUUCGGCCCUCAGCUCUCCACCACCAGUUGAGUCAGAGCUGGAGCUUGUUUCCAAUUUCAGUGAUGGACACGCUUAAAUAUUUUCCUAAAUCUCAAUAUGAAUGUCAAAGACAGAAAAAAAUGUUAGGAACGACAUAUUUGCUGCAAAGAAUAUUUUUUACUGGGCCUUUGCUAUCUAUCCGAAACAUAAAACUGAAGGUCAGGUGCUUUAAUUUGAUGCAGUGCACAAAUGACACUGGCAGAGGUGCCACAAAAAUGUGAACAAUGUUUUUGCAACAGGUUCCUGCUCUUGUUCUUUUUAUUUUAUUUUAUUUUUUUGCAUAACCUUUCUCACUGCGUGCAUAAUGUAAAAAGCACACUGAUUAUCGAAACCAGUGUUUUUUAAUCUAUGCAAGGCUCAGUUACAGGAAGGUAGCAGCGUUUGGUGGCACAAAACAGGCUGUUGCAUUAAGACUGCUGCAGCCAGCAUUAUUUUGUCAGUGUUGUUGGCUUGUAAAAUUACAGCAUCAGCAAUUUGGACUAUAAUACACUAUUGAAUUGUAUUGUUUUUGCAGAACUGUAGCAAUGAAAAGAAAGCAUUCGUCCUUUAAAAUAGUAUUUGUGAUUUAAAACAAUGAUCAAGUGUUUUUUUCUGAAACUGGCAGCCUUACAUCUCUCACUGUAUGGAGGACCACAUAACAGCUGAAAUACCAUUCUAUUGUGUUCUACAUACAAAAGGAAAACUUUGCCAUUUUUGCACAAAAACCCCCCCAAAACAAAUAGUUUGUUGUAGAAAUCAAAGCAUGAAAAUCAUUUUAAACUGAAUUAUUUCUACUCCAUAUAUUAAGGGGGGCCAUUGUGUUCAUGUCCAGCUCCAUAUUUUCAUCUUUUGACUCCAGUACAGUAGCUUUGCAUAAGUCACAGGUCAAAAAUAAUUCUUAUUUCUUACACAGCCCCUCACUUCAUCCAUUCUCUGAAACCAGAAGUUUUACCCCCCAUUCCCUUCCCUUCAGGACUACUUUCUUCUGACUCUCUGCCCUUUUCAAACAGAAGUUUGGAGCAGCGGGUGGAUGAGGAGAUCCCCUCAUUAACAUCAUACACACUUGAGAGAAGGAAAAACUGCAUUUUUACAUACAUUAAUCUCUUUAUUUGAAACUUAUGAUGUAUUUAUUUGAAAUAUAAACAUUCACCACUGCAUGAGAUAAACUCACCGGCCUGUUUGUUAGAUACACCAGUUCAAGCUAUCCAUCCAUCCAUCCAUCCAUCCAUCCAUCCAUUUUCUUCCACUUAUCCAAUUAAGUUUCACAGUUGGGCUGGAACCCAUCCCAGCUAUUUUAGAAUGAGGGGUGGGGCACAGAUUGCAAAUUUAUCACAGGGCUAUUACAGUUCUCAUUAAUGCAAAUCUCUAAUCAGGCAGUCACAUGACAGCAACUCAGCAGAUUCAGGCAUGUAGACAUUACAGGGAAGGGAAAGUUCAAAUUGAGCAUCAGAAUGGGAAAGGAAGGUGAUUUAAGCAACUCUGAAUAUGGGAUUGUUGUUGAUACCAAACAGAUGGACUGAAUAAAUGAUAAAUGGACUUAUAUAGUGCUGUUCUACUCCAUUUGAGCGCUAAAAGUUCUUUAUACAACGUUUUCCAUUCACCCAAGCACUUUUUUCUACAUAAGCACUUUCUAUCUAACAAUCACACUCUGAGAGAUGCAUCAGAGAGCAACUUGGGGUUAGUGUGUUGCCCAAGGAUGUUUGGAAUGCAGACUGGGAGCAGCCAGGGAUUGAACCAUCAACCUUCUGAUUAGUAGAUAACUUCCUGAGUAGUUCAGUAUUUUAGUUUUUCCAGAAUCUGCUCAUUCAAUCGAUAUCAAGGUUUUAUAGAGAAUGGCGUGAAAAACAAAAAAUAUCUACUUAGAAUAAAUCACUCGAUGAUGUCAGAGGAGAACGGUCAGCUGAUAGGAAAGCUGAUAGGAAAACAACAGUAUUUCAAAUGAACCCUUCUGCAUACCUUGUUAUAAAUAAAGGUAUGCAGAAGCAGAAGGGCUACAGCAGCAGAAGACCACAGCAGGGGUCAUUCGGUAUCUGCAGCAACUGUGUGAUGCUAUCAUGUCAAUAUGGUCCAAAAUCUGUGAAAUGCCACCGUGAAUCUAUGCCAUGAAGAAAUAAGGCAGUUCUGAAGACAAA